UAACCUUCAAGAAUACAGAAUACAUCAAAAUAGUUAAAAAGCUAACACUUUUAACAUAUAUGAAGCAACAUUUUUUUCGCUAUUGUUGAGAAUGUAUUUAAAAUAAUGUAAUUCCGAUACAAGAACCUGUUUAUUUAGAUAAGUUAAUGACUUAGAUAUUAGAGGAAUAGAACCAAUUUAUACGCAUGCUGAUUAUAUGUUAGUGCUUGAUUUAUACUUUAGUAUUGUAAGUUUGAAUAUUCAACAUUAGUUGAGCUUAGAUCGCCAUUUCAUUUGGGUAUUUCUUGAAACAUACCUGUGUCUUCGAGUUUUAUAAAUAAUUUGAAAUAUAAAUGACUGUAAAAUGUAUUAAUUAUUGAUAAAUUACAAAAGUUUAGUGUAUUUGUGCAAAGUGUUGUUCAUAAAAUGAACGAUAAUUCAAGAACUUUUUUUCUUACAAUUAUAUUAACAAUUUUAUUUAAAUAUAUACAAUGCGGACGAAUUUUAGCUGUGUUCCCAACGCCGUGUAUAAGCCAUCAGCAAGUAUUUCGUCCGUUAACAUUAGAAUUACUCAAACGUGGACAUGAAAUGAUUGUUGUAACAACAGAUCCGAUGUUCCCAAAACAUCGAGAACUUAAAAAUCUAACAGAAAUAGAUUUACACGAUAUAUCGUACGAAGCUAAAGAUAUCAUUCUAAAUGAAGCAACGCCAAAUAAACGAAGUCCACUAGCACAAGUGUUUAAAAUGACUGAACUAUUUACAAAUUUAGUUGAAAUCCAAUUUCGAAGUAAGGAAUUUCAGAAAAUAUUAAAAAACAAUCAUACUCAAUACGAUUUAAUAAUAGUAGAAGCAUGGGUGAGACCAAUGUUAGUAUUAUCACAUGUUUUCAAAGCACCAUUGAUACAACUUAGUUCCUUUGCUGGGUUGGUUUAUAAUUACGAAGCGUUAGGUGUACCAGUACAUCCACUUCGAUUCCCAACGUUCAUACAUAAAAAAAUUAACAAUCUAUCUUUAUGGGACAAAUUAAAAGAAGUACACUUAUUUUUGUGGUUCAAAUAUAUAAUUGAAAGCAGUGAAAGAGCUGAAAAUGCAAUGCUAAGAAGAAUAUUCGGACCAGGUGUGACUAUCUCGGAAUUAUCAAACAAUAUCGAUUUGCUGCUGCUAAAUGUUUAUCCAAUGUGGGCGGGAAACAUUCCAGUACCUCCUAACGUUGUUUAUAUAGGAGGAAUGUACAAAGGUACGGAACAAGAUUUAUCUGAGGAUCUGAAGUUAUUUCUGAACUCCUCGAAAAAUGGAGUAAUAUAUUUUAGCCUGGGCAGUAAUGUUAAAAGUUCACAACUUUCUGCGAAAACUAUAAGAAUGUUUUUGGAAGUUUUUUCACGGUUGCCAUACGAUGUAGUAUGGAAAUGGGAUAGAAAAGAAUUAGAAUCAGAGAUACCUAGAAAUAUUAUGAUAUCGGAUUGGUUACCGCAGUCGAGUUUGUUGAGACAUCCGAAAGUCAAGUUAUUUAUAACACACGGAGGAUUGCAAUCAUCAGAAGAAGCGAUAUCAGCUGGUGUACCUUUAAUUGGUAUACCAUUUUAUGGUGAUCAGUUUUACAACGCUGAGAGAUAUGAGCAGUUUAAAAUUGGUGUCAAAAUAGACUUCGAUAAAAUCACUGAACACCAUCUAUAUAAAACCAUAAUGUCCAUAGUUAAAGAUAAAAGUUACCGUCAAAAUAUGAUUCGACUACGUUCACUAAUGAAUGACCAACCUCAAUGCGCUUUAGAACGCGCGGUGUGGUGGACAGAGCACGUGCUGCGGCAGAAAGGGGCGAAGCAUCUACGCUCGCCUACUGCAAAUAUAACAUGGGCUGAAUAUCUAGAAAUUGAUGUGUUUAUAGUGAUAUUAGUGUUAAUUUUAUUAUGUACUACUUCUUCUAUUUGGCUCUUGUAUUGUGUAAUGAGAUACAUGAUAAUUACAAUGUUUAACGUGAAAAUUAAAACAGAUUAGUGUAAGUUAGAAAAAA